AUGAUGUCACGAACGGGCGGUCCGGAGCCGACGGAGCAUGUUUUGAACGACGAGUGGAAAGUGGGGAUGUGUGUUACAAACUCGCAGUCCUCACGCCUGCGACUACCAAUUCGAACAAUUGUUUAGCGAUUACAACAGCCGCCUGGGCGCUUAGGUCCGUGCUGGGUGUUUAUCGCGAUAUUGCCUUGAAGAUUCGUUGACGAGGAGCUUCCUGAAAGUUUUUCUAGUUUAUUUCAUUGAUGGUCAAUUCCAUAAACGAUUCGAAUGUCUGCAAUGAAACUUCAACUAACAAAUUCUUAUAAUUUUCAAAAAUUUCGUUGGCGCUCAAUGAUUUAUUUAGAAAGAGUAUAGUAGGGGUGGUUUUUCUUUUUAUAUGAUCCCAUUUAGUUUGAGAAAAAUCCUUUUGAAGCGUUGAAAACUUUUUUUUCUCAGUUGAAAGUUUUUCGCAAAAGAAACACCAUGAGCAUCGAAAAAAGCUAAGAGAAAUAAGGCAGAAAAAAGCUUCUAUCGUAGAAAUUAUUUGCUUCAAAAAAAGCCUUUUCUCUUUUGAAUAUUUUCUUGAGCUACAGUCCUUUACUGGGUUUUUUCUGCAUGUGCCGAUUAUUGGCAACGAAUGCAAUUUUCUUGGACGCCUUAUUUGUCCAAGCAGAAUAGAGGGCGAGCAUGACGACAUCGUCAUCGAGAAGCAAUCGGAGAGCUGUCAGACACAAGGAUCCUUCUUUUUAUUUCCUUUAUUUGUCGCACUCGAGCGGUCUCAUUCCUUCUUGAAAAGGCGUUUCCUAUGAAGAAAAUGAUUCCGGAGAAAGAGUCUUCGAGAGCUUCUCCGGCCUGAAAAGAAUUUGUAGUUUGACGUAUCGACCUAAUUUCUCAGUAAAGAGACGAAUAUGAAAAAGUUUUUUUCACAUCUACAGAGGUCAGAAGCCGUAGAUAUCUCAUUGAUCUGACUUCUAUUUUAUUUUUUACUGGGAACUUCCGAGCUUUUAUGUGCAUUUAGGGACUAUCAUACUAAGUUUCUGGCUGGAAGAAAUAUGAUAUCGCAGGCAUUGCACGAAGAGAUAAGUAGCACAAUUAAAUGAGUCUUGGCCGCUUUUUCGUCAUCCCCCUUGGCGGUUCUAUAAUACUCAUUAUUUUGGCUCAGUCUUUCUGGCAGCCUUCUCAACGUGACCACCAAACAACCGUUGAUCUUUUUCACAACACGUGAAAAAGACAACUGACGUGCAAAGAAAAAUCACCUCCACGAACCAAAAACUCGACUUUUUUUGUUAAAUUUUGAACGCCUCAAAAUUAUCAACAUUGCAAAGGAAAAAAAAUUAAUUUUUUGCUGAUAUUUCAUAGAUUAAUUAGUUGUUCCCAUGAUUAAUUUUUCCGGUAAUUAUUUUUUUUUUUGACCAGACUGCAAAUUUUAGAUAUAUGUAAACACAGUAACUGAUAAACUUCAAAUUAUUCGUAAAAUUUUCAAGAUUUCUUUCAACUAUAACUUUGGACAUUAAAAAAAAUGAAUUUCUCAGAAAUCAUCAUCAAUUGAUGAAGAACAGACGCUGAGCGGUUAUGCCCAUGCGUGGAUAUACCUACCAGAAAAAAAACCAAGGUCAUGAAAAUAUCUGAGAGAUGCAACUCACAAGUUUUUGAGAUCUUAGUCGACCUUCUCGUUGAGAACUUUCUUUGAUUCUAUUGGAGGAGUUCCGUGCCGCUAUGACGUCACGUGCAGCGACGCGGAAACGCACACACGCGGAAAACGGGCGGCGCGGCACGAUUCCUUCGCACCUCGUCGGAGGCGACGUUCCAGACUCAGUCUCCUGUUUUUGAGCUUCCUUUUCCUUUUGAUCGCUGGGAAAUUUCAGGCGUUUGUUCAAUUUACUUCAAUCUGGAGCUUAGAGUAAAUUCAAAAUUUUUACCAUACAGUCGUUCUGAAAGCCCUGGUAUACUUCUAAUACUCUUACUUUAAAAAGGAAGUUAUAUAUUCUCGCUGAACAAACAUAAUUCGAUAUUUUGUAAAUAAGUCGGGACAUUUCAAUUAUUAUUUCUGAAAAUUCCUAUUUUUCAUUAUAAACUAUGCUCUCCUAGUUGGUUCUACACUUGAAAGCUUUAUCAGUUAUUCCAAUCAUUUUGAAAGAGGAAAACUUACAGAAAAGCUUGAACUCGUCUUUUUAAAUUCAUACUUCUCGACGUGUUUCAUAGCUUCCAGCUCUUUUCGAAAAAUCAAGCAGAAUUUCUUCGAUUGUGGCGAAAAACUCAGCAUUUCAACUUAAUAAAUGAUAAUGCUUACCAUUUUAACUCAAUAAAUGACUAUUAUCAACAAAACAGCAAAAAAAAAUUAUUUGAAAGGAGUUUUUUUGUAAUUAGUCUGCCUCAAUACUAGAUAAAUUUUUAACAACUUGAACACACUCCUUUUCUAUUCAGAGAAAGAGUUCCUCCUCAAUAAUCGACACUUCUUGACUUCUUCAUAUAGCUAAAAGAUGCUUGGAAAACUGCAGCUGUUUUUUUCCCUCUUCGUUGUAGGAUUUCUUGCACGACGCCGAGACAGACAGAAAGAAAAACGAUCGCGUGUGAAUCACGGGUUUUUACGCACGCAGGAGGUCCACCAGGAGAACAAUUCUGCGAUGAUAACCAUCACAAAGUUGGGCACGCAAUUGCAACACUAAAAAGAUAACGUUGUUCGUGUUUAAUCAAUUUUCGGCUGGAGACCCUCCGCUGGGUCCGCUAUGCCGGCCGCCUUCAGUCUGCAGUCGCCCUGCUCGCACCGUUGCUUUUUCAAUCACGUCGACCUCGAAUCCCACUGUUUGUACGUUUAUUCAGUCACAAUUACAGCGCCGGACACUCAUCUCAAACUUUUUUUUUUGAACUUGCUCAUCUUUUCUAAAAUAUCUAUUCAUAUGGGCUCAUAAUUAAUCUCGGCCUCAACAAAGUCAUUGACGAACUCCGACACCAAAACAUGGAUCUUUCUGUUUUUUUAAUUUCAAAUACCCUGCUUAUACUGUAUCUGCAGGGUUUUUUAAAAUCAAUUAGCUGGUUAAUCAGAGAGAAAGAAAAUUUAAAAGCAUUCAUUUCUGGUAUCUUUUCGAAAUAAUUUUUUUAAGAAAUGGAGAGAAACUUAGAUUUUCUGAUCUCUGCAUCUUAACCUCUUUAUCAAUUUUCCUUAGUUAAAGAUUAAUCUGGAGUUGAUCAAAUUCCUGUGCAAAAAAUCGAAAAUUUUGUCUGCUUUCCUAUUACGGCCAUCUUCAUUUUCAGAAAAAGCUUAUCCCAUUAUCUUUAAUGAAGUUCAUUGUGAAGGUUGGGAAAAAACACGGCAUGAGAGUUAAAAUAAAAGCUCAGUUAUCAUUUACACCGUGUUUAAAGUAAUUCCGCAAAAAGCAAAAUAGCCGUCAGAGAGAGAGAAGAUAACUAAACUUUAAAGAGAAGCUUUAACAGCUGAAAAAUGUACCGUGGCAGUUUUGGCUCCCCAUGAAUGUUGUCUCCAUUUUUUUCGAACUGCUCUUUUUUUUGAACUGCUCUUUUUUUUGAACUGCUCUUUUUUAUUAACUUUCUAGUGGUUAACCUCUCUUGCACGUGAAAUUUUCUCUUGUAGGGGCCUAGCAAAACGAAGUGACGCGUACGAUUUUCAUUUUGAUUGGUUGCAAUGGGUUUCGGUUGCGACGUCUUCUGGUGUCUGCUAGAAGAACUUGUCUCGCACUUCCGGUGAAUGGCAACGACAUUUUGCGCGAUUUGUUUGAUAAUGAUGGCCCGCCUCCGCUUUUCAUAUCAAUCGGAUGGGGUUUGAAGGGUGGCUAACGAUUAUGCGACUGAAUGGAGACUGCAAAAGACAGGUAGAGAUUCUCGCUUCCUCCUUUUUGCUCGACCCCGAUAUUGUCAUCCGUUGUUCCGCCUUAAAUCGGCUGAAAGUCCUUCAAGACGAACUAACUCAGCACGUUCCAUGCUACUGA